AUGGUGUGCUUCCGCCUCGUCCCGGUUCCGGGCUCUGGGUUCGUUCUCCUCUGCCUCGUCCUGGGCGCUGUCUCGUCUUAUGCAUUGGAACUUAAUUUGACAGAUUCAUCAAAAGCCACUUGCCUUUAUGCAAAAUGGCAGAUGAAUUUCACAAUACGCUAUGAGACCACAGACAAGCAUAAUAAAACUGUAACCAUUUCAGACUUUGGUGCUGCAACCUACAAUGGAAGCUUUUGUGGGGACGACCAGAAUGGUCCCAAAAUAGCAAUGCAGUUUGGGUCCGGUUUUUCCUGGAUUGUGAAUUUUACAAAAGAGGCAUCAUCUACAUCUACUUACUUAGUCGACUACAUCUCAUUUUCCUACAACACUAAUGAUAACACAACAUUUCCUGAUGCGAAGGAAAAAGGAGUUUUUACUGUUAAUUACCAUGUGGCACUCAAGAUUCCAUUGAAUGACAUCUUUAGAUGCAAUAGUUUGUCAACCUUAGAAAACAGUGAUGUUGUCCAGCACUAUUGGGAUGUUCAUGUACAAGCUUUUGUCCAAAAUGGCACAGUGAGCACAACAGAGUUUUUGUGUGAUAAAGAUAAAACUGUAACCACUGCCGUGCCCAUCGUUCCCACCACGGCGCCAUCUCCAACAAAACCAGUGGUCGGAUCCUAUUCAGUUGUAAAUAGCAAUGGUACUUGUCUUCUGGCUACCAUGGGGCUGCAGCUGAACAUUACUCACGAUAAGGUUGCUUCAGUUUUUAAUAUCAAUCCCAACACAACCAACGCUACUGGCAGCUGCCAACCUCAAACUGCUCUUCUCAGACUGAGCAGCAGCAACAUCAAGUAUCUCGACUUUGUCUUUGCUGUGAAAAAUGAAAACCGAUUCUAUCUGAAGGAGGUGAAUGCUAGCAUGAUUUUGGUUAAUGGCUCUGUUUACAGCAUUUCAAAUACCAAUCUCAGCUACUGGGAUGCUCCCCUGGGAAGUUCUUACAUGUGCAACAGAGAGCAGACGGUUUCCGUGUCUGGAGCGUUUCAGAUAAAUACCUUUGAUCUAAGGGUUCAGCCUUUCAGUGUGACAGAAGGAAAGUAUUCUACCGCUGAAGAAUGUUCUGCUGACUCUGACCUCAACUUUCUUAUUCCUGUUGCAGUGGGUGUGGCCUUGGGCUUCCUUAUAAUUGUUGUUUUCAUCUCUUAUAUGAUUGGAAGAAGGAAAAGUCGUACUGGUUAUCAGUCUGUGUAA